CACACCCUGUAAUGGCGUCUCAGCUCUGUUCAACAAUGUCAAAAUCUACUUUCAUUUUCACUUUCCUCUCACCAGCCAGCCUGCUGGUGUCUGGCUCCUAUGACAGGACUGUUGCACUCUGGGAUAUGUCGUCCCUCUGCCAGACUCUCAUCCUGAGGGGCCACAGUGAUUGGGUGACAGAUGUGUCAAUCAGUGCUGACAGGAAGUUGGUGGUCUCUGCCUCCAAGGACAGGACGGUGAGGUUAUGGAACAUGGAGAACAUGGAGGAAAUCCCACAAGUCCUGGAGAAGAGGAGGACACAAGGAACAGGAAUCCACAUCCUCAAGUGUGAGGAGUGUAGAAAGACCUUCCCAGUGUCCAGGCUGCAGACCUCCGAGCUGCUGACUCGCUGCGUCUUCUGUCGACUCAAAUCGCCCUCCAGGUACCGACCGCAGCCGCCGCCGCUCAUGUGACUUCCUGUCCAGGAGGUCAGAGGUCAGCCACACAACAGCAGCAGCCGGUAGGAACCGGAGACAGUUUACAACCCAGCCUCACCUUCAGAGUACCUUACUGUCUCUGUGUUUCCACAUUGUACAGAUGUGACAAUUUUUCCAAGUUUUUUUUUUCCCUUUUCCCGAUGUU